AUGGUUGGGUCAAUGAUUCUUGCACUGUUAUCAUUGAGCGUGACAUCCAUUGCAUCUCCUGUUCAACUAGCUCGCCGGGCAAUCUCAACGGAGCUAUUAGAAAGAUUCACCCUAUUCUCACAGUUCGCGACCCUAUCCGCCUGCGACCAGAACAUCAACCACACAGGCCAAAGUCUGACCUGCGACUAUGGCAACUGUCCGCUCGUAGCAGCCGACAACACAACGGUAAUCCACACAUUCUACAGUGAUCACGGCCCAACAGGCUACAUCGCCCUAGACCACACGCGGGAACUGAUCGUCCUAACAUUCCGCGGAACGGUAUCCAAAAGCGAUGGCCACACAGAUCUCGAUAUCGCUCUCACCCCGGUUAGCGACGUGUGCACCGGAUGCAAAGCCCAUCAUGGGUUCUGGGCUUACUGGAGCGCUGUAGCGGCUCAGGCAACAUCCCAGCUUCACAAUGCAACGAACGCGUAUCCGAGUUAUAGACUGAGUGUCUGGAUAUUCGGAGGCCCCAAACCAGGAAACUUGAAGCUGGCCGAGUUCAUCACCAACCAACAAGCGCCAAACAGCAUAUACCGAGCCACACAUACUACAGACCCCAUACCGAAAGUGCCGCUCAAUCUGCCAUUCUUUGAUUGGAGCCAGCCUUCGCCCGAAUACUGGAUCACUCAGAAGACUGGGGUACAGGUCACCACUGAUGGGGUGGAGUAUAUUGAAGGGAUCAAUAGUAAGGUGGGGAAUGCUGGUUCGGAUCGAGAUUUGAGGUGGCCCAAUUCUAACCAUGGGUGGUAUUUUGGGAAUAUAAGUGUAUGUGCGAGUCCGAUAGAUGCAAAAUCAUAG